AUGUCACAGUCUUCUCAAUCUCAAGAGGAAGAGGAGUCGCUACAACAACCUUCCUUCAUUAUCCGCCCAUGUGUGCCGAUAUCGAAACAGCUUUCAAACCACGCGCUUGACACUGUUCUCGAAGUGCCCCCCGGCCUGUCUACAGAGCAGCAGCCUGAUCUGGAAGGACAUGUAGAUCAGGAGAGGGAAUCGUUUGCUGGAUCUAUCAAUGCGAGCACCUUCUCUGAGACCCAAGAAAGCGCUAUAGAUUGGACUCAAAAGCCGAGGCCGUUGGACGAGAGUCUCAAUUCUGCUCCGCCUUUGCCUCCUGUCGCUGAAGAAGGUGCUUUCGAGGAUACACCGGCCUCGACAAAGGCUAUUGAUCCCCAGCAGUCAGAUGAGGCUGGGCCCGCGACUGAUGCCAAUGACGUUUCGAGAAGCGAGCCCGCGAAAGAGGCAGACGGGGCGCAAAACGACACCGCGGGUUGGUCUGCUCUAGACAUCACUGUCCGGCCCCAAUCUUUGGAACCUGCUCCACCUCCCACCGAUAAAACCAUGUCGAUGUCCGCCCCUGCUCUGAUAUCUCACCCUGUCCCUGGCUCGCCUGAGCACGAUCCGGAUCUCAACUUUAACGAGCUCCAAGGAGACGCAACAGACACCGAAGAACCCCCAAACGUCCCCACUCCAGAACCCUCUCAGCCUGUCGCGUCUCCAAGAAGACUGCGCGGGGCAGUCUCUGCCCCGACCAGAAUCACGACGCCGCACCAGACAAUGUCGCCCGUCUCAAAGUAUUCAUCUGUCAAGAGCAGAUCUGGCGGGGGCGUAGGUGGACCUGGAUCCAAGACCAAGGCGGUACAUUCUGCCCCGGGGUCCAGCAAGGGGUCUGGUCUAGUUGACAGGAGUGCAAGAAAUACAAGAGAGCCGACACCGGAAAAGGAUAGUUUUGAGGACGAUUCGUUGCUCAAGAAAGAGAAUCCCCAGAACUAUCUGCGCGCCUUCUUCAGCUCAAACUCAAAGUUCGGCGAGACGGGCGAGGGCAAGAGUAGCACAAGCAAGAGGGUGGAGUUGCUAAACGCAGAGGCUGUCGGGGACGUCAGAGAAGCUGAGGGUGAAGGCAGUGCAGGCAAAGACGAAGACGGGGGUGAUACGAUCGAUUGGGGGCAUAGCUUGAACAGCAAUCGACCUCGGGCGAGUACAGCAGACUACGAGAACGCCCCUGGCUCUCCUACCCCGACUUGGGGUCCGUCAUCAGGUCCUGAUGAGCCCGAGUCUCCUCUACAAGCAGGCCCAAUCAAUGGUCUCAUGUCGCAUACGAAUCAUCCGCCAUCUUCCCCCUCGACUCAAAAGUCAUCAUCCCGACAAUAUACUUAUCAGCGCUCAUCUCCUCCGCAACCGACGAGACGAUUUGGUUUUGCAAAUACACAUUCGUCCCUCAACGAAUCUCAAUCCCAACCCGUCGUCGAAGAUGAACCUCUCUUCUCGUCCCAGGCGGUCUCGCAAGGGAUGGAUUUGAGGGGCGAGGAUGAAGAAUUCAGUCAGAUGUCGGCGGCUUUUCCGGCCACGCAGAUGCAGGCGCCUUCUAUGACGGAGAGCAACAACGAUCCCAGGUCAUCUUCGAAUGCGAAAGCAGAGUCUCUCGAGCCUACUUUCAAGACUGAUGGGAGCGAGUCGUAUGAGCGACCGGAGCUGGAGGCGACCUUGAGGGAUCCUCCUGAUCAGCCAGAAACUCGGGCAGAUGAAGCACCUGCUGUGCCCACUCCGCCCCAGCGUACUGUGACUGUACCUCUGCAUCGAACGCUGCAAUACAACUCGCGCCGAAAUACUCCUUCUGCGUCUCCCCCGGUAACGAGAGAGAGGACGCUCGAGGUACCGAGAAAUCGGCUGCUUCAGCGGCGAAAGAAAGGUGAUGAAUCUGGUACUGUGUCCGCCCACGCGUCCGAAGCUUUCUCGGCACCAAAAACACCCAUUGCCGACCAAGAUCUCGCCGACUCUUCUGCUACGAGGCAGCAGAUUCAACCUGUCAAUGGCCUGCUGCAGGUACCCACGCCACAAGGGAAAGCCAUCGAGCCGUCGCCGAAUCAGGCGUCACAGGUUGCUGCGCUGGCGGAGCCAGAGCAUGAAGCGGAAGUGCCCACUCAGGUCGAGAGCGAUGGUCGUCCUAUGGACGUUGAUGAACCACCUGUGUCGAAUCCCACUAUCGCGACAAAGUAUUCUCACUCGCCGCCCAUCUCCAACGGGGCCGCUCACGAACCUCCGAAAACGCCAGCUCGAUCAUCUUCCCCUGAUCCUUUAGAUCAGCUACACACAGCUUCCAAAUCCAAGUCGAAAGGCAAAGAAGCUGCUGUCGACAUCUCGCCUGAUCCUGGUGCCGGCUCCCAUACCAUCAAUCACGACCAUAGUGCGCAUACCAACGUAUCUUUCCCAACUCAGCGUCCCACACCUAAGACGACUCCUAAAGCGUACAAACGCCGCGAACGUAGGGCCCCAAAGAUAUUUUCACCGUCAGAACCCUCCUUUGAACGCGAUGCCGGAAAGAAAGAUGAAGGGGAUAGCGACAGCAGUUCAGCGCCGGAGGAUACCGAGGACUUUUCAUUCAGGCCGAAUGUGCGAGAGAUGACGGCUGCAGAGACCAGGGCGAGGAGGAGCUUGAGGGGGAUGUCUUCUACUUCAGGGGCUGGCCCGUCAAGGCUGGGACGGGCGUCUCAAGCAGUAGAUUCCGACUCAGUGUCAGAUCCGGAGCAGGGCCGACCUGUGAAAAGGAGAAAAGCGACACCCAAAUCAAGAAGCUCGUCGUCGUUGACUGAUGAGGAAAGCAGCUCGGCGCCGGAAGAUCCUGAGGAUGAAACAUUCCGCGUGGUAGGCAAGAAGAAGUCAAAGGGGAAACAGAGGGAGGUCAAUGUGGCAAGCAAUAGGGGAACAAGAGGCAAAACCCACGCCGGCAGCGAGAAAGAAAAGGUCGUCUCUGAUCUUGCACGGGUCAAGGGUGGCCGGAUGACUCGAGGAGGCAAGUUUUCUGUUGGGUCAUCUACUGUGUCAACCCCUGCAUCUACUCCUGCUCGAGCCGAUUCACGCGUCCUGGCGUACUAUGAUCGGGCAUAUUACCCUGCCCGUAUUGUGGGUUCCACUUCCAAAGGCUACACAGUCAAAUACGACGACGGCGACUACAAGGAUGGUAUACAAGCUACUAGACUUCGACAAUUGGUCCUCCGCAAAGGCGACGCGGUCUUACCGCAUCCAAUGGAUGACACAGGGCUGCUGGAAAGGAUGGAAGUGCUGUGUGACUGGAAUGGUGAUAAAAGAGGUGUCAAGUUGAAGGGGUACGAAAGCGAUAGGGAUGGGGACGGGCAGUUUCUGGGAUUUGUAAAACUGAAGCUCCUACGCAUCCCGGCGCGUUAUGUUGAAGAGCAUUUUGAUGAUAGGCUCUACGUGCCCAGUACACCCAACGUCGACACUCCCAACGGGGUCGUCCGCCACCCCUCUCCUAGAAAGAACAGCAAGCACAGAAUCUUCACCGGGCUCGCCUUCAUGUUUACUACCGGUACCGAAGAAGGUACGGAGAGGCGCAAUGCCAACGAACUCAAGGAGCUUGUGGAGAUGAAUGGUGGGGUAGUGUACAAGUCGUGGGAGCCGCUAUUUGACAAGAUUGUCCGAGAAAAAUUGGUGUCGCCGUAUGUGCCGUUUGUGGUCGCCAGUGCUACGAGACUGGUCAUGACUUCAAAAGUGAUGAUUGCGCUGGCGAAGGGGAUACCGAUAUUAUCUGACAAGUUUUUGGAUGACUCUAUCAGCCAAUCAUCGCUUGCCAGAUGGCAGCCCUAUCUCUUGGCUACCCCUCGAUCAAACCACACUGGCUCAAGUAUGUCACAAGUCGUCGACCGGCAAUGGGGAGCGGCCGAGUGGGAAAAGGAUCACGCCUUCCACGUUGAGAAGCCUUUUGGGGGCCUGAGGAUACUAUAUAUCAUCUCAGACAAGGAUGACAUCGACAAUCUGGCAACGACUUGUCUUCUCUGCCUCGGUACCGCCGAAGUCAAGAGUAUCAAACUCCCUCGGGUAAAAGACGCCGAGAAAGCGCUCGACUUGUUGACAGAUCCUAAAUGGGACUAUAUCGUGCUGGAUGACAGGAGCGUCAAGAUUCCUUCGUACUUGAGCGGAAACGAAAAGAUGACGGGUAUCCUUUGGUUGAAAGAUUGUCUUAUCAUGGGCUCGGCUCUCCCACCUUCGCUUGAUAAGGGUACAGAAGAAGAAGCGAAAGAAGAAGAGUCCAGGCGGAAGAAGAAAGACGAAGGCGGUAACAAGAAGAAGAAGGGCGGUACCGCAGGGAAAAGAGAGGAGAAGGAACCCCCGAAGAAGCGACAAAAGAGAAAGUAA